AUGUUGCCACCACUUCAAAAUCGUGAAGUUGGAUUGCCGGCACCUCCAUCACCGCCGGGCCCCAUGUCACCACUGCGUCAAAAUCGCCAAGUUGGAUCAACCGCGGGAUCCAACUUGCCGCCGAAUCUGGGCCAUAAAGAUCCUCCAACACCCAUUCACCCAGCUCCAGCUUCAAAGUCUGAGCCUCAGCCUCAGCACCUACCAAAAGAUGUUGAGAUGGACAAGGUCAAUGAGGAUGGUAGAUCUUCUGAUCUGUCAUUCCCGGAACCAAGCAAUGAUGAGGCUCCUACUGAGAAGGCGAAAGGAAAGGCAAAGCAAAAAGGGAAGAAAAAGGUGGACCCCAAGGUGUCCAAUAUGGCUAAGAGGACUCGUGCUGCAAGGAGCGGAAAGCGCAAAGUAGCCAAGGAGCCAGAGACACCACCUUCCCCCAAAAAACCCAGAGGAAGGGCAGCUAAAAAUCAAGCCUAA